CCUGCGCGUGCGUGACACGUGAGCUGGGAGCAGGAGGAUGAGGAGGGUGAGGGCGCUCGAGAGCUACACCGCGUCCAGCAGGUGAAAUCCACGCACACGCUCACACACGCGGGUGCAAUUGUCGAAGCGCUCGAAGGGACGGCAGACUCGGACCGGAACCGGUGGUGCGCCGCUUCGGCACACCGAUUUGCAGCAUCUCGCUCCCACCGCCUCUGCCUCUGCUCCGGAGGGAGGCCCCCAGCGGCGGCGGGAUGUAGCAGCGGAUUAACGGCGGAGGAGGACAGCGGCGGGACGGACGCGGAGGGAAGGACAUGGGGAAGGACCAGGAGCUGCUGCAGGCCGUCAAGACCGAGGACUUGCUGACAGUCCAGCGCCUCCUGCAGAGACCUCGGCCCGGGAAAGCCAAGCUCCUUGGAGCAGCCAAGCGGGUGAACGUCAACAUCCAGGAUGCAGAUGGGUUGUCGCCUCUGCAUCACGCCGCUCUGAGCGGCAACAAGGAGAUGAUCUCGCUGCUGCUGGAGGCUCAGGCAGCAGUGGACAUUAAAGACAAUAAAGGCAUGCGUCCUUUGCAUUACGCCGCCUGGCAGGGCAAGACGGAACCACUGAAAAUGCUGCUGAAGGCCGGCUCGUCCGUCAACGGACAGUCGGACGAAGGGCAGAUCCCGCUCCACUUGUCCGCUCAGCAUGGUCACUAUGACGGGUCGGAGAUGUUACUGCAACACCAGUCCAACACGUGUAUCUCGGACACCGCGGGAAAGACGCCGCUGGACCUCGCCUGUGAAUUUGGCCGUGUCGCGGUGGUUCAGCUCCUGCUCAGCAGCAACAUGUGCGCCGCCAUGCUGGAGCCCAAACCUUCCGACCCCAACGGGGUGUCGCCGCUCCAUCUCGCCGCCAAGAAUGGACACAUCGACGUAAUACGGUUGCUGAUUCAGGCUGGCAUUGAAAUCAACAGACAGUCGGAGUCUGGUACAGCUCUGCAUCAGGCUGCCCUCUGUGGGAAGACAGAGGUAGUGCGCCUCCUGCUUGAAAGUGGCAUCAGUGCAGGAGUGAGGAACACUCUGAGUCAAACUGCACUGGACAUCGUCAACCAGUUCACCACCACUCAGGCCAGCCGCGAGAUCAAGCAACUCCUCAGAGACGCGUCCGCCGCCAUGCAGGUGCGCGCGCUGAAGGAUUACUGCAACAACUACGACCUCACCAGCCUCAACAUCAAAGCCGGAGACAUUAUUACGGUUUUAGAGCAGCACUCCGACGGCCGGUGGAAAGGUUGCAUACAUGAUAAUCGCACAGGAAAUGACCGCGUGGGCUACUUCCCGUCCAACAUGGUGGAAGUCAUCAAGAGGGCAGGCCUGACCCCCUCCCAGCAGUGCCACACACUGCUCCUGCGCAGGCCCAACCCGUGUCCCGUUGGCUCGCUCAACGGACACUCGUACCCCCCCUGCAAGGUCCUCCCACUGCACCUGCCCUCCCCUCCCACCCCUCACCCCAACGCGCAAUCCCUCCCGCGCUUCUCCUCGUUCGGGUACGUGCCUCUUCCCAUCUCUCCGCCUUCUCUCUCCACUGCUCCUCCUCCACCUCCUCCUCUGUCUCCUCCUCCUCCUCCUCCUCUCUCCACUUCUCAGGAGCAGCAAAGUCAGACAGGUUCUCGGACCGCCGAGUUGAGUCCUCAGGGCUCUCCCACUUUGGGCCAGCAGAGCAGCACCAGUGAGGACAUCUGGGUACUGCGCAAACCGCUCGCAGGGGGCGAACGCAGCGGCAGCGUGGGUAGCCUCGGAAGCGCUCGGUCGUCGAGCAGUCUGCAGGGCUCGGGGAACACGCACGUGUUGACCACGCCCGCACCCAGUCCUCAUCCAGCGCUGACGCCGGGAGUCAACACGCACGGCCUUAACGCUCCGGGCCUGAAUGCGCAAGCUGAGGGGGUCAAGCUCCUGGCCACUGUCCUGUCCCAGUCGGUAAAAGCCAAGGAGCAUCUCUUGGAGCAGUCGCAGUCCGUUGAACAAUCAGCGAGUUCUUCUUCUUCCACUGUUCACGAGCAGAGGCCGUUCGAGCGCAAGGCAGAGGAGGACGAUGGGAAAAAGCAGGCAGUAGUGGCGUGGCUGGGUGAGUUUCAGCUGCAGUUCUACACCACCCACUUCCUCACGGCGGGAUAUGAUCUAGACACCGUUAGCCGCAUGACCCCUGAGAUGAUGUCAUCACGACCCUCCUGUCUCAGUCACCUGACUCCCCACCUUCCUCCCCCUGGUGACAUGACGGCGAUUGGGGUCAUGAAGCCUGGACAUCGUAAGAAGUUAAUGUCAGAGAUCAGCAAGCUGCCCUCCGCGGACUGGCUGCCAGACCACAAACCCGCCAAUCUGGCAGAUUUCCUUUCUCACUUGGGUCUCAGUCAGUACUACCAGGUCCUGGUGCAGAACGGUUAUGAAAACAUAGACUUCAUCUCUGACAUCAGCCUGGAGGAUCUUCAAGAGAUCGGUAUUUCGAAACUUGGCCACCAGAAGAAGCUGAUGUUGGGAGUGAGGAGACUGAAGGACUUACAGAGAGGAGGAGUCGGUCCGGAGGCUCGAGAGAUUCCCUCCACACCUCCACCUAGUCCGGGCGGCAGCAGUAUCUCGGAGCCCCACACAGAGGCGAGGAAACAGCGGGAGGGUGGUCCAAGCCCGUUGGCGAAACCACGGCAGAGUGUCUCUCAUUCCCAAAAUCCCCCGCAUGCGCUGCUGCAAACUCCGCCACAAACCCCCACGCACACUCAAAACCAGCAGGCCUCCCCAAGAGCUCGGCCGCGGCCCUCCACCCAACAAGCAACGGCGGAAGAUUCGCCCGUGCCGAUGCUCCGGCUACCGAGCGAGGAGGAGGAGCGACGGAGAACUCACAGUCUGAUUGGCUCCGAAACGGACUCACGCUACGCCACCGUGUGCCGCAGUAGCUCCGCUCGCACCCCCGCGGUCGCCAACGAUGUCACCGUCAACCGCAGCCAGUCGUCGGUCACACUCCGUCCUCGCCGGAAAGGUCGGCCCCCGACGCCUCCCAAGCGGUCCUGUUCUUCCAUCACCGGGGGUGACGGGGAGGGAGAAGGACAAGGGGAGGGUUUCCUCGGCCUGCCAACUUUUCGAGAAAGGCGAGCCAGCGACUGCGGCAGCUUGGGGUCGGCUUUAAGAUCUCAGGAGUCAGCGGGCCUGGAGAGAUCAGAGGGGGCUUCAGGGAGCGUGCGCAGCCUCGCCGCCAUGCUCGAGACUUCCAUUGUGAGCGGAGCCAAAACCCUGCCGAGGAAUCUUGGAAGCAGCACCAACUACCUGCAGGUCAGCCCCCCCACGCUCCGUCGCCAGGCCGGCUCAGGCGGUCUUGGAUCGGAAGAUGACUACGUCCUAAAUCGACGCAGGACCAUCGGCGGACCUGAGGGCGACGGGGAGGCCCCCAGGCAGCCGGCACAGCAACGUCCAGAACCGCGACCCCGCUCCACUGUCGUCUCCUCCGCCGCAGAGAUCUCAGACGGCUCGGCGACCCUCCGAAGGAAACCUCGUCCUCCUUCGAAGGACCCGGAAACGCCCGUGUCUCCCACGGUCGUCACCAUGACAACUGGCUCUGACACCUUACCCAGAAGGCAUCACGUAGUUGAGCAAUCAGAAGGCGUCAUCCAAAUAAACAAUAAACAAUCAGACUCUUCCAGAGGUCCGGCCGAUAGUAGCCGGCAACAGAACGGCGGCGUGGUGCUGAGGCGGAGGCCUGUGUCGGAGGCGUCUGAUAGGACAGAGAAGAGUAGGGAGAGCUGUGAGUGGAUGGAGGCCAGGAAGUCCCUGAAGCCACCAGUCUCGUCCAAACCUUCCUCAGUGACGCUGAGGAAGACGCAAGCGGAUCCCCCAACCCCGACACGACGGGUCCCCAUAUCUGGUCCUGAUAGCGCUGACACGGCACAGAGUCCUGAGGCAAAGCGUGUUCCUCCUCCCGUGUCGCCCAAACCUCGCGGGCCUCCAACAGCGCCCAAACCUGGCAAAGCUACUGUGGCCUCGACCGCCGUGAGCCCCGUAGCCACCGCCGCCCCCAAGCCCUCCCCACCGCCGUCCGCCGCCCCUCUGCCCGCUCCCGACACACCUUCCGGCCCGUCCCUCUCACCAGGACUCCCCUUAACGUCUCCCUCGCCCGCCCAGAGCCCAUCCACGCCGUCCCCUCAUCCCGUCAAACCGCCGCGCUCCUCCAUCGCUGGCCUCUCCAUCGACCUGGUGGGAAUGCAGGAGGAGGAGGAGAGGAGGAAGGAGCGCGAGCAGAAGAAGCACAAAGAGGAAGAGGAGGAAGAGGAGAGGACAUCGUCACAGAGGGAAGGAGAUGCGGAGGAGGAAGAGGAGGGGGGGCAGCAUCGUCUGGAGGAGACUAGCGCCUCUUUGGCUGCAGCUUUACAGGCUGUAGAACACAAAAUACAAGAGGAUGAUGCACACAAUGACAAAAAGACAACAGUGUCCAUCCUGGAUGACAUCGGCAGCAUGUUCGAUGACUUGGCCGACCAACUGGACGCCAUGCUCGACUGAUCUCCCGAGUUUCGACACUUCCCGUCCGUCCAUCCGUCGCCUUUCUCUGGAUAGCGUCGAGAAACCGCUCCAGUCCAGAGGCUGCGAACGUCUGCGUUUUGCACCCAAGUGUCCAAGAAGGUGUCCUCCUCUUGGUUCUCUUCGGAUGCCCACCACUCUUUCCACGCACUCAAACACACAUUCGAACAUACACAUAAAAUAACAUGGCCUGCGAUGCUCUGAGCUGACUGAGAAGCACAAUCAUUUUCCUCAUCUCUACAGACGAGAAGAAAACAAAAGCACAUGGACUGACUUGCUGGAGGGGAGAGCGAGACAGACAGGAAGCAGACAGUUGAGCGUUUAUUUAAAAUAAAAAAAUAAAAAACAUGAAAAGUAGACCACUUCCGUCCCUGUCUGCCAAGGAUGCAGUUUUCCCGCUUCUCUUCCUCCGUAUGAACGAUGGAGCGCGCUCCACUGAAGUUCCCGAUGCGUGUGUGAUGCGUUGGCUGUUCAUGUCGUUGUUGUUGCUGUUGUUGUCGUCCAGUUACGAGCGUGUCGUCCUAUAACGAAAUGUCAGUGUCCUCCUUCCGAUAAUUCACACUAUAGUUAUUCCAAAGAUCGGAAUUACGUGUGCCCGGGAAUUCCGGGGGACACCAAAACACCAGAGGUGGGGGACUGGAGUCAUUUGACUUGACUCAAGUCAGACUUCAGUCACUAAUUUUAGGACUUGGGUCUUGCUUGACUAAAACAUACGAAAGACUCAACUUUGACUUGGUAUUCAUUUGACUUGACUGAAACGACAUAAGUCUUGACUGUUUGCAUUUGACAUUCCUCUUUUAAUGACAAGACCGUGUGAUAUUUGUUUUUUUUUUUUUUUUUGUCUUUUGCAUGCAAACUUGGCAACCUACUGGUAUGCUACAACAGUGAUUCCCCAAGCAGGAGGAAAUUAUCCAAUUCCACUUCAUUUGUCCAGGAUUAUCUAUUAAUAAUGAAAUGCCGGCGACAUAUAGUGACAGGCAGAACAAUUAAGUUUGAUGACUGAAGGUACAAUAAACCUGUGUGGUGUGUAUCCAGCUGUUGCCAUUCACACAACAGAAUAAGCCUUGGCUUACUGCGAGUAUAACAGCUUUGUGCUCAAUUAAACAGACCCAGAUUUCACACUGAGAAAGUCAAUUUGGGAGUCAGCUGAGAUGACAUCAUCAUUAUUUCAAAAGUCAAACUUUUUUGUCAUGUUUUCUAAUGUAAAAUUUGUGCCUUGGCGCCACAACCGUUUGGAAACACAGGUUACUACGGUAACGCAGCAACCUGAGACUUGCUUGAAAUUGAAAGGUUAAGACAGAAGACUUGAGACUUGCACAUAAAUGACUUACUCCCACCUCUGUGAACACACAAACAUACCCUCACAUCCUAUUUUAAUCUUGCUGGUUGUUUCGGUGGCGUGUUUGCUCGGAAUUGUAAUUACAUACACACAUUAUGCAAAGACACAGACAAGCACAUGGUGUAUCCCUCUCGUCUCGCUGCAGUCGACAGUGUUUUUCAAAGAUAAUCCUAUAUUUCAAUGCUUUAUAUGGUAAAUCCAGUAUAGUUUAUGAUAGACACAGUAUCUGGUUGUUUGAGCUGUUAGAGCUCCCUCUAUUGUUGAUUAGUAAACCUGCCUCUGCCCCCCCCCCAGCCCUCCUCCAACCCAGUGUGUCAAUUCAUCUGUUUACUCUGCAUCUCUCUGUGCCUUGGUAGUGUUCUUUCAUACUUUUUCUGUUGUUGUUGCUGUUUGCCAACUAAUAUUGUUUGAUGCUCCCCCAGUUCCAUCAUUAAUCUCCCAGUGUAUCCAUGUUAGAAGAUGCUUGUAGGUUUGUUCAGUAUACGACCAUUGAGAAGCAUUUUUGCAAGCCCUACUUUAAGCUGUUAUAAGUCACUUUUGCUGCCUCUUUCCCUCUGAGCUUUUUCCAAUUUCCAGUGGUGGAACCUCUACAUGUAGGAUAAAAACCGCCAUGCAUCCCCAAUAAAGUCCACUCGUAUUUUUAUGCCAUUUGGAAAAAGAUAAAAAAAUAUAUUUGAAGGACAGAUAUAUGUGAAGAAUGACAAUAUUGCUUAUGGAUCAGAGGGGAGCUUAUCAAGUCUGUACAUUUUUGACUGAAUGUGCUGUGAAGGCUGUCGUGCUACAGUCGGUUCUAAAGGUUACGUUUUCUGCUGUGACGAUGCAUUCCUGUACAGAUGUGAACUGAAUAAAUGUAAGGAUUAAAUUUA